AUGGCGUCUAUUUCAGAUCCCGAGCGGCCUGACAUACGCCGGAGCUCCCGCAUUUCCCGGGCGUCUCUGAACCAGGAUUGGGCCAAUCUCGAUGAGUAUGGCAAGCUUGUCAAAUAUGUGUCUACUUUCCGUGAUGCAAAGGCAGAAGCCCAAGAUGAAGGCGAUUUUGUUGAGAAACGAGUCUGGUAUGCCCCAUGGAAGAAGCGGAAGGUUCAUAUCAAAAAGCUCGAGGGCGAGUCUGGCAAGUUUCCUGAUGAAUGGACCUUGACCGACAUUCGUGAGGGUCUGUCCAGCGAAGAAAUUCCACGGCGCCGUCAGCGGGCUGGUUGGAACGAAUUGUCGUCUGAGAAGGAAAAUCCUAUUGCCAAGGUUCUUUCUUACUUCCGGGGUCCAAUUCUAUAUGUCAUGGAGUUGGCUGUUUUACUUGCUGCUGGUCUGGAUGACUGGGUCGAUUUUGGUGUCAUUAUCGGUAUCUUGUGCCUGAAUGCCGCUGUGGGUUGGUAUCAGGAGAAGCAGGCUGCCGAUGUGGUUGCAAGUCUCAAGGGAGAUAUUGCCUUGCGAGCACAGGUCAUUCGUGAUGGUGCUCAACAAGAAUGUCUCGCGCGAGAGUUAGUUCCAGGUGACGUGAUCAUUGUUGGUGAAGGCUCAGUGGUGCCUGCUGAUGCCAAGGUUAUCUGUGACUUCAAUGACCCCAACGGCUGGGAAGAGUUCAACCAGCUUCAAGAACAGGGAAUGCUCGGCGGAGGCUCCGAUUCUGAAGAUCAAGAUGAAGAGGCAAAAAAGGCUGUGGAGGAAGUAAAUCAAGGUGAUGGCAAAUCCAAAGAAGAAAACGGAGGACAGGAAGAACCGACACCUCCUCGCAGACGUGGCUAUCCCAUUCUGGCCUGCGACCACUCUGCCAUUACCGGAGAAUCCCUUGCUGUGGAUCGUUAUAUGGGGGAUAUGAUCUUCUAUACAACCGGAUGCAAGCGUGGCAAGGCCUACGCGGUAGUUCAAACUGGCGCAAGAACUUCUUUUGUCGGUCGCACCGCAACAAUGGUGCAAUCUGCAAAAGGCACCGGUCACUUCGAACUUGUCAUGGACAAUAUCGGAACUUCUCUUUUGAUUCUUGUCAUGGCUUGGAUUCUUGCCGCAUGGAUUGGUGGAUUCUUCCGACAUAUUCCCAUUGCUUCGCCAGGUCAGCAGACCUUGCUUCACUACACCCUGUCUUUGCUCAUCAUCGGUGUGCCUGUUGGUCUUCCGGUUGUAACCACUACUACCAUGGCUGUUGGUGCUGCUUAUCUGGCGAAGAAGAAAGCCAUUGUGCAAAAGCUGACUGCUAUUGAGUCCCUGGCAGGAGUUGAUAUCCUUUGUUCUGAUAAGACUGGAACCCUGACUGCGAACAAACUGAGUAUUCGAGAUCCUUACGUGGCCGAAGGUGUCGAUAUUGACUGGAUGUUUGCGGUUGCUGCGCUUGCAUCCUCGCACAACACUGAAUCUCUUGAUCCAAUCGACAAAGUUACCGUAUUGACUCUCAGGCAAUACCCUAAGGCACGAGAGAUCAUGCGCCGCGGCUGGAAAACCGAAAAAUUUACGCCGUUUGACCCAGUAUCCAAGCGGAUUGUUACAGUUGCUGUCUGUGACGGUGUACGGUAUACAUGCACCAAGGGCGCUCCGAAAGCUGUGCUUCAGCUGACGAACUGUUCUAAAGAGACAGCUGAGUUAUACAAGACCAAAGCGCAGGAAUUCGCACACCGAGGCUUCCGCUCUCUUGGAGUUGCCGUUCAGAAAGAAGGCGAAGAUUGGGUUCUACUUGGAAUGCUGCCUAUCGUGAAGAUGCUCACGGGAGAUGCCAUUGCUAUUGCAAAGGAAACCUGCAAGAUGCUGGCAUUGGGAACUAAGGUGUAUAAUUCGGACAAGCUUAUUCACGGCGGCCUCAGUGGAGCCAUGGCCAGCGAUCUAGUCGAAAAGGCUGAUGGCUUUGCAGAGGUGUUCCCAGAGCACAAAUACCAAGUCGUGCAGAUGCUGCAGGAGCGAGGCCAUUUAACCGCCAUGACAGGAGACGGAGUGAACGACGCACCGUCUCUCAAAAAAGCCGACUGUGGCAUCGCCGUCGAAGGAGCAUCCGAAGCUGCGCAAACUGCAUCAGACAUUGUAUUUCUCGAGCCUGGAUUAUCGACCAUUAUUGACUCCAUCAAGGUCGCGCGUCAAAUCUUCCACCGCAUGAAGGCGUAUAUCCAAUAUCGCAUUGCACUUUGCUUGCAUCUCGAAAUCUACCUCGUAACUUCGAUGAUCAUUCUUAAUGAAAGCAUUCGUGUCGAGCUCAUUGUCUUCCUGGCUUUAUUCGCCGAUCUCGCAACGGUUGCUGUAGCCUAUGAUCAUGCCUCCUUUGAACUGAGACCUGUUGAAUGGCAACUCCCAAAGAUCUGGUUCAUUUCGUGUUUGCUAGGUGUACUCCUCGCCCUGGGUACGUGGGUUGCACGAGGAACAAUGUUCCUCAAAAACGGAGGCAUCAUCCAAAACUGGGGUUCCAUUCAAGAAGUUCUCUUCUUGGAAGUGGCGCUCACAGAGAAUUGGCUCAUUUUCGUGACUCGCGGUAUUGACACUUGGCCAUCCAUCCACCUAGUAACCGCGAUUCUGGGUGUGGAUACUCUGGCCACGAUCUUCUGUCUUUUCGGUUGGUUCAGUAACGAGAAUAUGAAGACCAAACCAGCAGACAAGUUCGUCGAGACGAGAAAUGGGUGGACUGAUAUCGUUACUGUCGUGCGAAUUUGGGGUUAUUCCCUUGGUGUGGAGGUUGUCAUUGCCUUGGUAUACUUCAUUCUGAACAAAAUCAAAUGGCUCGACAAUCUUGGUCGUGCUCAGCGCGACAAGGGUGAGAUGAAGAUUGAGAAUAUGCUCGCGCACUUGUCUCGUCUAACCCUUGAGUAUGAGGAAACAGGCAAGCCGAAGGGUCGGUUCUGCUUGACGGCAAGCAAGGAGGAAGGGGAGGCUGAGUGA